AUGUCAUUCAUCGCGGCGGUGCUGAUCAUCAACCUGGACACGGCAGACGCCUUCAUAGCUUUCGCCAACCUGCUGAACAAGCCCUGUCAGAUGGCCUUCUUCAGAGUGGACCACAGCCUUAGAGGUCCGUACUACGACGUUCUGCACAGCGUUCUGGGAGCAUACACCUGCUAUAGGCCAGACGUGGGCUACGUGCAGGGUAUGUCGUUCAUCGCGGCGGUGCUGAUCAUCAACCUGGACACGGCAGACGCCUUCAUAGCUUUCGCCAACCUGCUGAACAAGCCCUGUCAGAUGGCCUUCUUCAGAGUGGACCACAGCCUUAUGUUGACGUACUUUGCGGCUUUUGAAGUGUUCUUUGAAGAAAACCUACCUAAGCUGUUUGCACAUUUCAAGGAAAACAACUUAACCCCCAAUAUUUAUUUAAUCGACUGGAUCUUCACCCUGUACAGUAAGUCACUGCCGUUGGACCUGGCGUGUCGGGUGUGGGAUGUGUUCUGUCGUGACGGAGACGAGUUCCUAUUCCGGGUGGCCCUUGGCAUCCUGCGCCUGUACGAGGACGUGUUGACCCGCAUGGACUUCAUCCACAACGCCCAGUUCCUCACCCGCCUGCCCGACCACAUCCCCCCCGAUCAGCUCUUCUCGCACAUCCACGGCGUCCACAUGACCAGCAAGAACAGGAAAUGGGCACAGGUUCUUCAGGCCUUACAGAAGGAGCAGGAGUGGAUCAGUCCAGUCCUAAAGCGCUGAGUCCAACGGUCAUCC